CCUCCCGGCCCCGCCCCUCCGCGGCCUCACACGCAAGUAGCGCACUCGGGGCCCUCCCCCACCCCUCCCUUUCAGCCAAUCAGGAAACGGCUCCGAGGGAGAGCGCGAGGUUUCCUUCCCCGCGCACCCGUUCUCACCGUUAAACGGCCGCGUCUCGCGACAAUCCCAAAGUGACCUUUUUUUUUUUUUUUCUUUGCUCGCCCCUUCAGGAGUUCAGCUCCAGCGGGGGGCGGCGGGCGGGACAGGGCCGGCGAGGGCGGCCGGGAGGACCAAACGCACCUUCACCAGCUUCGCGCGCAUCUCCCCACCCCCCCCCCGCCGGCUGCGCGCGCACCUGCCUCCCUGAGGCGCCGCUGUUCCCCCCCAGGGCUCUCACUAGCCUAACAAAUAGCCUUGGACGUUAUCCCGCCGCCACCCGGACCCCCACCUUCCUGCUCUGGCCUUCCUGUCCCCAGCGCCGCCAGCUCCUGAGGGGAGAAGGGGGGAAAAGAUGGGGAGCUGGAGGCCGAGAGAAGUCUGGGAGUUUUUGACGGACUCACCACGGGAAAUGUAGUUCUCUAUGCACAGUUCGCGUUCACGUCCCAGAGAGGCACUGCUUCCGGGUUAGGUCGCGACGCCUGCGUACAACUGGCACAGGUCCUGAACCAAUUACUGGUACCUGAGCCUAAACUGCUCUUUUUUACUGUUAAGCUUGGCGUUUGUAUGCCUUAUUGGAGGAAUUGGAACGCUCCACCCUCCAGGACAGUGAUGAAUAUUCAAACCCAAUUUCUUGUCACCUGGAUCAGCAAUCCAAACAGGAGAGCAAACUUCCCCAAACUCCAAAGACCUUGUCAUCUCAGAGUCACACAAGUCCCUUGAAGGUGCAGCUCGUGUAUACGACCAAUAUCCAGGAGCCCAAUGUCUACAGAGCCUUUGAACAGAGGCAGAACCCUUCUAUGCUGACUUGGCAGCCUCCCAAGUGAGGUACAAGAGCCAAAGGAAUCAGUACCACCUCCUAAAACCUCAGCAGCUGCUCAGCUGGAUGAACUCAUGGCCCACCUGAGUGAAAUGCAGGCCAAGGUUCCAGUGACCGCAGAUGCCAGCAAGAAACAUUUACCAGACAAGCAGGACCACAAGGCAUCAUUGGACUCAAUGCUUGGGGGUUUGGAACAGGAACUGCAAGAUCUUGGGAUUGCCACGGUUCCUAAGGGCCACUGUGCUUCCUGCCAGAAGCCAAUUGCUGGGAAGGUGAUCCAUGCUAUGGGGCAAUCCUGGCACCCAGAGCACUUUGUCUGCACUCACUGCAAGGAGGAGAUUGGCUCCAGUCCCUUCUUUGAGCGGAGUGGCUUGGCCUACUGUUCCAAGGACUACCACCAUCUGUUUUCUCCACGCUGUGCCUACUGUGCUUCUCCCAUCAUGGAUAAAGUGCUGACAGCAAUGAACCAGACGUGGCACCCAGAGCACUUCUUCUGCUCUCACUGUGGAGAGGUGUUUGGUGCAGAAGGCUUUCAUGAGAAGGACAAGAAGCCAUAUUGCCGAAAAGAUUUCUUAGCCAUGUUCUCACCUAAGUGUGGUGGCUGCAACCGCCCAGUGUUGGAAAACUACUUUUCAGCCAUGAACACUGUGUGGCACCCAGAGUGCUUUGUGUGUGGGGACUGCUUCUGCAGCUUUUCUUCUGGCUCCUUCUUUGAACUGGAUGGCCGUCCAUUCUGUGAACUCCAUUACCAUCACCGCCGAGGGACCCUCUGCCAUGGCUGUGGGCAGCCCAUCACUGGCCGCUGCAUCAGUGCCAUGGGGCACAAGUUUCAUCCUGAGCACUUUGUGUGUGCUUUCUGUCUGACACAGCUGUCGAAAGGCGUCUUCAGAGAGCAGAACAACAAGACCUACUGUCAACUCUGCUUCAAUAAGCUCUUUUCACUGUAGUCCCCUUUGAUCAACAUCUACUUCUGAGACCAGGGCAGGGAGGAGCACACUUUCUUUCCCUGACCUUCACUCGGUGGGCUAAUAGAGUACAAGCAAUGAGCAAAUAAGGGAAUUUCUAGAUGUUACUAGACUUACAAACUUAUUUUUGAAGCUACUUCUUAUUUUUUAAAUUAUGUAUUUGCAUUUAGAUUUAGAUCAUGCUAUCAGGACCCUCUGAAGGUAUAUUUCUCAUGUGCACAAUUCAUUCCAGCACUGGUUUUCUUUUUCUCACAUUUUACCUCUGCUGAUGCCCCAUUUAGAUCUUUAGUUGUGGGCCCCAGAGUCUGACUCUUCCUUUCUCUUUGGAGUCAUGACACUACUCUUAAGCCCUUAGUGCCUUUCCUCAAUGCAUUUUGCUAGUUUAAGAGGAAGUAUAUUUUAACUGACAUCUGUGAUGAAUAAAGCAGCUUGUGGUUUUCGUGA